AUGUCUUCAACAUCAUUUGGUACCGUUGGUGGUCCCUGUCAGAGUGGCAACUGCGUGAGCAAGAAUUCGGAAUGUACUGGCAGUGGCUCCACGGCCAUCUGUGUUUGCAAAGCAGGCUUUACUCUAAUAGAUGGCUCAUGCGUUGCAAACGGCUCAUUUGGGGGAUUGUGCGUUGGCACUGCGUGUCCUCUGGACAAAAACGCCCAAUGCGUUGAUGGAAGGUGUGUGUGUACCAUCUUUUCAUCGCCAUUCAACGGGAUGUGCAUAACUAUUCAGGCAAAUUUCGGUACUUGUAACACGACGUGUAAUGACAAAAACGCCGCUUGCAUGAGUGGGCAUGUGCAUGUGCAACACGACGGCCAACAUGGAGGAUCUUGCAUAGCAAGUAAGUAA